UGAAAGACAGUUGUUACGCGCUAAUCAGAGAUGGCUGAUCAGUUCGCAUAUGCUAACAUGCAACAGGCUAGUCAAGCUGGCUACCCUCCCUUCCACUAUCCAACAGCAAGUGAUCAAAACGCUCAGUUGCUUCAAGGUUAUGCGCUUUCUCAACAAGGAAAUCCAGCUGCUGGAGUUCCAGGCUCUAUGUUUGGGGCUCAGUCAGCGGCUUCAUAUAAUUUUGACCAAACAGCUUCUGCUUACAACCAAACCUCUUCGAUUCCCGUAUGUCAGGUAGACGGUUCACAAGUCCCUAUGCAACCCGGUUUGUUUGAUAACUUGUUGUUUAUAAUUAUCAGCUGCCGGAGGCUUUGCUUACCCUAAUUUCUCUGGUUCAUUCAAUCAGUAUCCUGGAAUGGGGCAAGGUAUGCCCCCUGGAUUGUCAGCUGUCCAAGCGGGCUUCAGUACCGAUAUGCAACAGUUUGGGCCACUCAUGGCUAAUGCUUUUGGGCAAACGAUGUCUGCUAAUGGAGCGAUUUUAGAGGCCAUAGCUCACGAACAAGGACUUGCAGGUUUUAAUCCAGUCGCUUUCCUCCAAGACCCAACUGGCACGAACACUCGCGGUGGAUUGGGCUCUGGAAGAGGCAGCAGCCAAAGAGGUGGAUAUAACAAGUUUGGCGGUUCUCGAUCGGGUUCCAACUUGCCCAGUGUCACUAAUCCUGAUGGACUCCGGGAGGAUACAAUUUUUGUCAGUAAUCUGCCUCAAAAUAUUGAUCACGAUGUGAUGAAGUCUCAAUUUGGUGUCGUCGGGAAAAUCAAGAUCAAUUCCAAAAGCGGUAUGCCCAUGAUAUGGAUAUUUAAAGAAAAAGGUAUACCUAAAGGCGAAGCGCUUGUAACUUAUGAAGAUCCAAGUUGUGUCCAAUCGGCUAUUCAGUGGUUUAAAGAGCAUGAAUUUUUGGGAAGAAAGAUUGAAGUCAAACAAGCUAUUAACAGUCAAAGACCAGUUAUUAUCCCUCCUGGGGGAGGUGGUUUGCUGGGAGGAAAUGGAAAUGGACCAAACAAUCCUGCUGCUGCUCUGGCAGUUGCAGCUGUGGCUGCGGCUGCCAGUGGGAACACUGUUGCCAGUUUGAUGAAUAACAGUGCGGCUGCUGCCGCCAGCCUUGCUGCUCUUACAGCGAACAACCCUCAGCUGGCUGCCCACUUUGAUUCCAAGGAGUAUCCAGGUAUGGGUCGCGGAGCAAGCACAGCCUCUCGAGGUGCCCGUGGAGCAAUUACCAAUGGUUCUUCUGUACGACCUAGCGUCGGUUCGGCUCAAGCAGGUUCAAGGGAAGGCGACUGGAGCUGUCCACAGUGUGGUAAUAUCAACUUUUCAUGGCGAGAACAAUGUAAUAGGUGCCAGUCAACUCGUUCAGGCGAUGGAUCUAGUAAUCCUGAUACGAAUUCUAGAAAUAACUUGAAUGCAACUAGUCGAAGUGCUCAACCACCUGCUGCAGUUAUGAAUUCCAGUUCUCAACAGAGCAAUCCUGGAUUUGGACGAGGCGGGGCAAUGAAUCCUACUUCAAGCGCCAAUCGAGGAGGUCGAGGUGGUGGUCCCAUGCGUGGAAGUAGUGUUGGAACAGGCCGGGCACGUCCAGCGCCUUAUUAAGCCAUCUAAAUUUGCCAUUGUAGGAAAUUUCUUGAAAUAUGCUUUCAUGAUGCAUUUCAGGUCUCUGCAAUUAGUGUCUUUGUUGUCUCACUAACUGGAUGGUUUGUGAAAUAUUGUAUUUGAACUAUGUAAUUAUGGUCAUAUAACCCAAUAAUUGUUAUAUGCUCUACUCCGGCUUAGUUAAUUUUUGAUUCCGAAUUUGCGGCGUAAUUCUAAGCAACUUAAGGCCAGUUGUCCUACGUAAACGAUAAAAGGAGUUUUGUUGAAACCAAGAUUCUCGUAUUACAAUUAACUUGAAGAAAACAAAAUGAGGUAUGCUCGGUUCUUGUCUAGUCAGGACUAGUAGUGACUGUAGUGUUAGUUUGAAGUAAUAACGCCGGGAUGCAAGAAAAUAUGGCAUCAGAUUUUCUGAUAGUUAGGCCCUUUGAUUAAACGAUACCUAGCAGAUUCCGAUAAAGACAUACAGCUUUUGUUUUUAUAGUAAUUGUGAACAGCAAGUGAUUUCUAAAAUUCGUUUGUUUAAGAAAUUGUUAAUUAGAAUGUCACAUUUCCGCACUUAAAUUCAGUCCAUUUCACCAUACGAACUGCAAGCGAUGGCAAUUGCUACAAUGAAGUUCUUGUUCUUUAUGUGAAUUCACUUUAGCAGACUAUAUAUAAUUACUUUUAUGCAGUUACUUUCUGUGUACUAACUACAAGAUUGAACUCUUAAUUGGGUGCUCGUACCAGUAUCUAUAAAUUACCUCAAAUUUUAAAUUAGAGUUGACUGGAUUUUCUAAUGGACUAAGUUUCCGAUGUUACCAUUAUUUCACGCGUGAUAUAUGAAUUCGGAAAUACUUCUCAGUUGGUUAGUUUCGUGUAAGAGCAGUUGGUUAUUAUACGUGUCAUCAAUUUUGAAUUAGAAUAUUAAUUCUGUAUGAAAUUGCUAAGUAACGGUAUCGAAUAGAUAGCUAGAUGGUUUUCAGUGUUUCGGUACAGUUAAUCCCCGUUGUCUGAUUAGGGUAAUAAUUUCAGUAUUUGUAGCGUUUGUAAAAAAUAACUGUAGAAAUAGUGAUUUCGGUCUGUCGAAUAUUGUAAGACGUCCAACGAAGUUACUGAAAUUGUUUUGGUGAGUAUUACCGUAUACAACUGAGCUUUAUUCUGGUUCUCAUCACUUCGAAUGGCUUACUUCCGAACUAUCUUUGUUACUAUGAUCUUUUGUUCCAUGGUCACUAUAUUAAUAGUAUAAUCUGACCUGACAAUAACUUUCACAAGUGAAGUAAUUUUUGAUAUUUUUGAGCAAACUCUUCACAUUACUUACCUGACUGAAAGCGGAUCGUACUAUAUUCUUGAUAUCGGGAAAUUUACCGAUUGGAGAAUCGGAAAAGCAAACUGAGUUUAGUUUUCUUGGUCGUUCAGUUUAUCUAUCACGACAUCCAUAUAACGAUCCAUAAUAAAGAGGUCUGUUUACACCAAGAAAAUGUAGGAGGCGCUACAUUUCAGGACUCAGCGUUUCAGUGGCACUCAGUUUGUCACGUCUCUGUUAGCGACUGACAGCAGUUGCACAUUCCCAAUCCCUCUAUAGAAAUAAUCUUCAGUUUAAUCUGCUUCAGAGCAGUUUCAAUUGUAACUGAUAGACUGACGACGGCUUGACAUCCUACUCAAAUAUAAACAACUUUAGUGCAAGUCUAUUAAUUUGAAGUGGAUAAACAAUUACACGUGUAAGUAACGUAUAUUUAAGUGUUAAUGGGUUUUCAUAUUCGACAAUCACGAAUGAGCGUUGUUUGGUCAGUUUGUUGGUUGGAGAUACCCUCAUACGGCAAAACACAGUUUACUGUUAUCAACUGAGUAGGAUUCACUGCUUUAUGGUCCGAUAUUAGUACACUGGGUUGGGUUGUUGGUCGACUUAGUUUCUGGAGGUUAGUGCUAUUUUGAUUGCUUUCAUGUAACUGGUUUUUUCACACAGUGUAAGUGAUUUAGUUGACUUGUGAAACUUCAAUCGAUUAGAUUGACAGUGCUUCCAGGUUUUCCAUGGUGGU